AACCCUUUCGACGAGAGGGUGUUUUUUUUUUUACUCCCCUUGAGGCAUGACAACACACUGAACGUCCAGUCCAAAGGAAUGAAAAGUGCAAUCGAGAAGCGAGGAAGCCAGCUCUUCUGAAAAGGCGAAAGCCAUUGACCAAUUCAGGUAGCCCCAUGCUACAAUAACAGCUGCCCGAGUCUUUCAAUGCCUGUCAGUGUGUUAGUAUGCAGCAGGUGCACACUUCACUCCAACGUUUUACUCCAUAAAGGCAAAGACCGGCCAAGACAGUGACUGACCCAGGAUUACUCAAGUGCAGACACACUUAACCGAGUGAGGAAUAUUUGUUGCUGAGAAAAUUGCGGUAGAAGAGCUGAAGUCAAAGCAUCCUCAUGAUCACCACAGCCAGGAUACCUGCUGACAAACCCGUCCGGAUUUCCUUCAGCCUUAAAGACUCUUCAGAUGAAUCAUCUGCAGAGAAUGUUUUCCCUCUGGCUUUUCCUGAUCUAGACCAGCAACUCCAGCCUGUGCCACCAUGUAACACAUCCAAAGAAUCCAUGCAGGUGUUUAAACAGCACUGCAAGAUUGCGGAGGAAUACCAUGAAGUGAAGAAAGAAAUCGCUCUUCUGGAAGAGAGAAAGAGAGAACUCAUGGCCAGAUUAGAUCAAGUCGAAAAAGAAAACUCUGAUGCAGCUCACAUGGCUCUGGAGUAUGAAGACCUCACGAAAGAAAAUCAAAGCCUUAACCUGGCACACUCUCGAUGUAAAGAACAACUCGAAAAGUUACGGAUCCAAUAUCAAAAAAGACAGGGCUCUUCUUAACUCUGUGGGGAAGACGCCACACAGUGAACCCAACACCAAGGUCUCUGAUGGGAUGAAUAAUACAUCUGCACUUUCUUUUAAAAAAAAUGUUCUUAUUACACACAUGACUUACUGUACGCUUUCAGUUUGAAUGUAAUGGAGGUAAUCCAUGGUGUCCUGAAUAUGAUUCCUGGAAGUUUAUGUAGAUCAAACAAUUCUAGCUGAUAAAAGUGGUGCAGUCGUAAUAGUCAUCUAUGGAAUGGUCCUACCGAUAGCUUUUCCACUUUGCACUACAAUUGUUUUCUACACAUAACUAGAGGUGGGAGAAAAGUAACAUUUUAGUUCCCGGGGUAAAUUCACAAAUACGUUGUGAUGGUACCUGGCCUACCGGACCCUUUUUUGGGUCCAUGAAUCGUCACUGUUCUCUCCCCCAGCUGGCUGGAGCCCGGGUGCUCUGGAGGUCCUGAAGCAGAGCUGUCAGUUUAGCUCUUUUGCAAAGAGUGACGACCAACUCGAAAACUAACUGAGACUUGGGUAUGGGGGGGAUUCCACUAGGAGAACUGGCUUAUUGUAGGAAAGUGCAGAACAAUGUAGUCUACAAAACAAACAAGA